AACUGAGGAAAAGCGAAAAUUAAAAGGAAUUUUUGCACUGGAAAAAGUCAAGCGCCAGCGCCAAUCGUGGAGAGUUGUUUUGUGAAAAAGCAUCAAGAAAAAGCUUAAAUCAAGAUGAAGUUGAACAUUUCGUAUCCGGUGACAGGCACCCAGAAGCUCUUUGUGGUGAACGACGAGCACAAGGUGCGCAUUUUCUACGACAAGCGCAUGGGCGCUUUGAUUCAGGCCGAUCCCCUGGGCAUCGAAUGGAAGGGCUAUGUACUUCGCAUCGCUGGGGGCAACGACAAGCAGGGCUUCCCCAUGAUGCAGGGCGUUUUGAGCCCCCAGCGUGUUCGUCUGCUGCUGAAGGAUGGCCAGCCGUGCUAUCGUGCACGUCGCGAUGGCGAGCGCAAGCGCAAGUCGGUGCGUGGCUGCAUCGUCAACGCUAACAUCUCGGUGCUGGCUCUGGUGAUUGUCACCAAGGGAGAAAACGACAUUCCUGGGCUCACGGACAUUAGCUAUCCACGUGUUCUGGGUCCCAAGCGUGCCAACAAGAUUCGCAAGCUGUUCAAUCUGUCCAAGGAUGAUGAUGUUCGUCGCUAUGUGGUGCGUCGCCAGCUGCCGGCCAAGGGGGAGAAGAAGGCCACCACCAAGGCCCCCAAGAUCCAGCGUCUGAUCACGCCCGUUAGGCUGCAGCGUCGUCGCCACGUCAUGGCCGAGCGCAAGAAGCGCAAGGUCAACGAGCGGGCCAUGGCCGCCGAGUAUGCCCAACUGCUGGCCAUGCGCAAGAAGCAGUCGAAGGCUCAGCGCCAGUCGGAGAAGCGUCGUCGUUCGAUAUCCCUGCGCCGUUCCCACUCUUCCUGCGGUUCGUCGGCUUCAGCUUAGAUCCGGUGGAUUAUGUCCCAUUCGGAAUCUCGCAUUGAUCUCUCAACAAUCUAAUCAGCUCUAUGUCUCAAAGAAGGAGACCCUAAAUUAAUAAAAAGCUGUUUAUGUUUGGUA